UUCCCGUAGUUUAGGUAACAGGAAGUGAGGUUUUGUUAUCCCAUUACGAAUACAAUGCCAAGAAAGAGCACGUUUUACACUCAAAAGACUUAGAAAUAGAGAUUAUUUUACAUGCAAACUAAUUUUGCGUCAUAUUGCCAUAUUCAUCCAUCAUUUGUAAGCCGUGAAAAUAGCCUCGUUGUCUAACGGCACAUGUUAUAGGUCCGUAUUCGUCUGUAUUUCCGAUUGAAUCGCCAAUUUACUUAUUGCUAUUUAAAUAUAACGUUACACUACAGCAGAUCAAAGAUGAACUAUUCUGACUACGAUUCAGACGGUUAUUCGUCAAAUGCUGAUGCAGACUACGUCCCUUCGGCUGACAACCUCAGCGAAGAUGACAUGAACGAAUGUGUCAAAGAGGACCCACUGGACGAAAUAGAUGGUGUGCCACAGACCAGUGAUGGUUCCAAGAAGAAGACGAAGACGAAGACGAAGAGGAAGGACGACAUUCUUGGCAUGCGCAAGAGGAAAAAGGGAAUACUGAAAGUGGAUGGAGAUAAAGAGGAAGGGAAUAACGAUGAAGGAACGGUCACAAACGAGAAAGACGAGGAGCCGUGGGUCGUGGUGGCGCCGGAAGAGGUGAAACAGAAGAAGAAGGCAGAUGAUCUUUGGGCCAGUUUCCUGAGUGACGUCGGAACCAGACCCAAACCGUCUGCUUCUCCUGAAGAAGCCAGCAGCACAGAGCAGGCCGAGGCUUCGUCGCCGAGGAAACCGACGGUAUCCCUGGAAACCAAAGCCCCAGAGCCCACUAAGCCUGCAGAGUCGUCCACGGUUACCAUCACCAAGGUGUUUGACUUUGCUGGAGAGGAAGUUCGGGUAACCAAGGAGGUGGCUGCUGACUCACGCGAGGCCAAGGACUACCUGAAGACCCAGAGCAGCCCGCUGGAUCCACCGCCGCAACAACAACCCAAGCAGAGCUCCGCACCUGUCAGACUACCUGGACUUCCUGGGCCGAGCGUGAAGCGGGCGGUCGGCAUGUCCGGCAUCCUGGGCCAGAUCGGGGGCAAGAAGCAGAAGAUGAGCACCCUGGAGAAGUCCAAGAUGGACUGGGACACGUUCAAGUCUGAGGAGGGCAUCACGGAGGAACUGGCCAUCCACAACCGCGGCAAGGAAGGGUACGUGGAGCGGAAGAACUUCCUGGAGCGCGUCGACCAUCGACAGUUUGAACGCGAGAAAGAAGUUCGGCUCACUAACAUGAAACGAUGACUGAGAGCCUGACCGUUCACACUCACACACACAUGCAAGUACGCAUGCACAAACACACACAUGCAAGCACACACACACACACACAAUGGACUGACAUGUACACACGCACACAUGCAUAAACACAGAAACACACAGAUACACACUAAAUGACAAACACAAUGACACACAACAACACACACACUUACCCUUCACCAAGGGAACAGAGUAAACCAGAUGUUUUGAUGUCACGGUAUCUCGUUCUCAUUCCAUCUCUGCUCUACUGUUGAAACUGUGUGUGUGUGUGUGUGUGUGUGUGUGUGGGUGCGUUUGCGUGUGCGCGUUGAAAUGGCAGCCCUGGGCUCGCAAUGGUCAUAAAGACAGAUUGCGAGAUAGAUUCGCCCCUCUUUAUUAUGGAUAUAAAGAGGAUGUUUUUUUCCCCCUGUUAUGUUUUCUGUUGUCAUUCCCAGAGCCGUAUUCAUAUCAAUGCACUCUGGUUUCAGAUGUUCAAUAAACACAAGGUUGCUUUUAA